CGGUCGCGUGUUUCGUUGUGCAUCGUCAAGCAGAGGAAAAAAUCAGUGAUUCAGGAGUCUAAUCGGAGUGCAAGAAUUGCGUUCGAUUUGUUAUGGAUUCAAGUCCCAGUGAAGAGUAGAUUUUUUGUUCGUUCAGUUCGAUUGUCCGUACGUCUUUGGUGCGUGCGUUUGCUAGCCGUGAAAGUGAGUGACGUGCAAAUCUCCGCUCUCACAAAGUCCCGACCGACGAGUACGCUCGUUCCGAUGGUCAAUGAAUUGUUCUCUCCGUGUGUGUAUUGUUGUUGUGUAAUGAUUAUGAUUAUUUCGGUUUUUGUACUAUCGAUCAAUUGAAUUGGCACAGACCCGGUUCGCGGAAGGGGUAUAGAGUGCCGAAAGGUACAUAACAAUAGAGAGCGAGACAGUGCAGUCGCUACCCGCAGACGAGAGUGAGUGAGUGAGCGUGGAGCUAAACAAAAGAAAAACUACUAACAAUAGAACCCGGCCACUAGUAGUGGAAAUCUAAAGGGGGUGAAGGUUUCAAUUAACAAAGAAGCGAUUGUUCGAAUUAAAGUUACAACUUUAAAGCAAAAGUCAGUGUCAGUGGCCUCGGUGCAUCUAGAAAAUUGAAUGAAUUAUGCAAGAGGAGAGUAAACAAAAAUGAUGAUGGUUCGUGGGCGAAGAAAACCAUGCUAAAUGUUUUGUGAAUUUUGUCUGUGUUUGGAUGUAUUGUUUUCCGCGUUGGAAACAGGAAGACUAGUUUCGUUUUGUGGUGCCACAGGCUUAAAGGAUUAAAUCCAAGUGUGAGUGUUUUAAUAGAAGACCUUCAAACUGUUUACGUACAGGCAAAGCACCGCCGACGAAAUGCUGACCAUGGAGUCCGACAUGAAAGGCGGUAUACUACACGCCACCAUGCCGCCGCAUCAUGCGUCAUCAUUGCACGGCCAUUCGACGUCACCGUACGGUGCGUUGGGAUCGCUGAGUAUGAUGAACAUUGGCCAAUCGCAGCUGGGCCACCAGUCGCAGCAUCUCGGUCAUCAGCAGCAUUUGACUCAUAGCAACAAUGGCAGCUCGUACGGUCAAAGUCAUAACAAUCCUCACGGCUCUCCGUUGCAACCGGGAUCGGGGCUAAGUCCUAACGGACCAAAUCAAGGUUCCCAACAGCAGACGCCGCCGCAGACGGGACUUGUUAAUCAUCAUAUUACCUCGAGUGGUCAAACGCACGGGCACACCCAUUUAGGAUCGGGUGGAGCUGUGAAUCACAACAAUAACAACACCAGUAAGGCGGCCCAACAGAACGCCGAUCGUGUAAAGCGGCCGAUGAAUGCCUUCAUGGUGUGGUCCCGUGGACAGCGUAGAAAGAUGGCAUCGGACAAUCCGAAAAUGCAUAAUUCGGAAAUUUCUAAACGACUGGGAGCUCAGUGGAAGGAUCUUUCGGAAACGGAGAAGCGCCCAUUUAUAGAUGAAGCGAAACGACUGCGGGCGGUCCAUAUGAAGGAACAUCCCGACUACAAGUACCGUCCCCGUCGGAAGACGAAGACGUUGACCAAGACCAAGGAAAAGUAUCCACUUGGAGUGGGUUCACUUUUGCAAUCCAGUGAAGGAAACUCCAUCCGAAAUACGAGUUCAAUGUCAGCCGCCCAGCAAGCAGCAGCAGCGGCAGCUGCAAAUCGUGAUAUGUACCAGAUGCCUCCAAAUGGUUACAUGCCCAAUGGGUAUAUGAUGCACGAUGCGUCUGCAGCAGCUUACCAAUCACAACAGCACUACAUGAGCAAUUAUCACCGGUACGAUAUGGGCCAGAUGCACAAUGCGGCUUCGACGGGUUCCCUUAACUCGUACAUGAACGCAACUGGUUACGGUAUGUACGGAACCGUUUCCGGAGGCCAAACGUCUCCUUACGGCCUUCAGCAGCCCGGAUCACCUUACAGUACAAUCCAGCAGCAGCCAGGAUCACCGUACGGUCUAAAUCAACCUGGCAGUCAACUUUCCUGCCAAAGCCAUAGUCCCAGCGAUUCCAGCGUGAAGUCCGAACCCGUCUCGCCUAGUCCCACAUCCACCAACAAUAAUCUCAUAAUGAAACGAGAGUACGGCCAACCCGGCGGGCCGGAUCUUAGCCAUCUGAUCAACAUGUACCAUGUGCCAGAUAUGCAAAGUACGGAGCACCAGCGGAACCUUAUGCAGCACUACCAGCACAGUGCAUCGCCAGAUUUGCAAUCCCAGCAACAGCAAGUUCUUCGGACAAUGGCUCCGAUCUCGCACAUGUGAGAUUUGGCCAGUUCCGUUGGCCUUCAAACUACGUCCUCAUCUUCACCGGCGGCGUUGGCACCGCCUUUAUCGCCGGUGCUGAACACCGGAACCGGUCCACCAUUAUUCCACGGCCAUCCGCCUCCACCGCAAUCGUCCUCGUCCUCGUCUUCAUCGCCACUGUCAGCCUACCGACAUCACCACCAUCACCUCCAUCACCAUCAUCUUAGCAAUGGUGGCGGAAUUGGCGGUGGCACUGGAACCAGCUGUAGCAGUCUUAGCCUUGGCCAUAACCUCAACGCUACGUCAGCAUCGCCGCCGGGAGUCGAUGUCAGUGGUGGCGGCAGCAGCAACAGUAGUCUAGGACAUCAACUUCAUCACAUCAGCAACUGUGUUAGUACCGAUAGAGCUAAUCAUCUAAUGGACAUAUCGCCCCUCUAAUCUUCACUUUAUUACUCUUUUAUCAUUUAAUCUAACUUCUGGCCAUUCAAAUGUUUCCUUUCACGAUUCGAUAGCAUUCGCGAUGUUGGCGGAUGUGUUGUUAAGUUUGAAAAUUUCCCAUUUCGUAUCCCGUAUCAAGUGCGCCCGUUAACAUUUCGAUGGCCCCCGUCAUUCGAACGUGGCGAGAGCAAUCCAAGAGAAGAAAACCACUGUGUGAUAUUAAUGCUUUUCGAAGUACACGAUUAUUUCCCUAUAUUUCUGGAUUUCUUUAUUUAGCAAUUACUAGAAGAAGUUGAGCUAUUAUUUUUAUUCCUUUUUAGUUUCUAAAUUGAUAUAUCUUUUAAGCGUCGUUGUUAAUAAUUUCUUUUUUCUUUGCUGAAAAAAAUAAAGGCAUACAAUAAAAGAACUGAAACAAAGCUACAGAAAUUUAGCGUAAUGUUAAACCAAUCAUUCAUCUCUAUGUACAUAUAUAAUUUCAAGUCCACUAGCCAGAAAAAAGGGCCAAGUUCUAGUUUGUUUUGUUGGUAUGCUGCCAUAAGCAAGGUCAGAAAUCGCCAAAUUGCCAUAGUUAGAUCGAACAAUCGAGGUAGUGCUGCAAGUUAUUUUUUGUAAAAGCGGAAACUCACGGUUUUCUAGCGUCAAAAACAGGCGAACAAUACGUUUCAGGUAUUAAAAUGGCAGGACAUAAACGCUUACAUUCGUAUCGAAGUUAUACCUACUUGAAAAUGUUGCUGGAUCAACAGACGACGAACGGCCAUGGUGGUUGGAUGAAGUUGUCAGCAGCCUUAGGAAAAAUGCGAGCAAAUGCGUGAAAUAAGUUCUGAAAAUGACCAAGCAGGAAAAUUAUCAUCUUGAAAAAAUCAGCCAGCAGCUGACAGGUAAAUUGAAUUAAUUGCUAUUUGUUUAGCUGAAUUUUCUCGAUUUGACUUCGCAAUGUUGUUGGAACAAAACCUGCACCGGCCAUUGUACACUCAUCAGACCUGCGUCAGAGUGCAGGGCAGGACCCUGCUUGCUACCACCGAAGGUGCUUUCUGAUAAGUGUAGGGAUUUUUUUUUGAAAAUCAUUCAAAAUAAUUUGGGCCUCGAGUGGUGAAACUUUUUUCGAUUUUUGUUUAGCCACUCGACCGGAUGAGUUCGGACAGUUCAGGACGGUGGUUGUCGGUUCUAGUGCGAGCUCGAUAAAGUGAAUGACAACGGUUACAAGAUACAGGCUGCAGCCGUUGUUGGUGACCGGAAUAUCAACUUCUCGAGUAUUAUUUCGUUGAAAACGAUUUUCCAGCGUUUAAUAAUUAAUUAGUGUGAAAAAGGAAUAGGAGCAGAAUGUGCGGCUGGUCCGCAAUGAAAUGGUUUAUUUCUCAAAAGGUGGUCAGCGAUUUUUGGGCGCAGAAGUUCAGAAGUGUGAGGGUCGUAAUGAUUUCGUUAUAACUAUGAGUUGUGGGUUUUAUUUUUUGACUUAUGCGCGAGUGGCAGGCUAAGCUUCCGUAAUUGGUCGUUCCCUUCGAAAUGUGCAAUGGCAGGCAGGUCUAAAGCUGAUUUUAAUUAAAAAUCUCAUGGCAGAGAUGAUGCGGAGACUUCAGUUGGAGACAACAAAACUUUGAUUGGUGGAAAAGCAUUGAAGAGUAUUUUUUCCAUAUGAGUGAAGGAGAAAAAAAAUAUAUAUCGAAACAACAGGGGAUCGAAUCGAGUGAUUUGGAUUCGAUCCUAAAUUUUACGAGUGACAAUUUUAUGAGCCCAUUAACGGCACCUCACUCGAUCGGGCCUUGAGCGUUGA